AUGGAGGCUGGCAUGCUGCCCUUGGUCAUCUCCUUCCUGUUUGGAGGGGCUCUGAUACGCUGCUUCGAGGUGUGCCCCUUGUGGUUCGUGGUUUACUACAAGACCUUGGACCAGGUCUUCUCCAAGAUCGACAAAGGCUUCAAACAGUAUUACGGCCAGUCCCUCCACUUGGAGUACGCCCGCACGGACUGGUCUCCCGUGCACGUCGCCGAGGCAGGCAUCCGGAUCGAUCGGAUCUUGAUCGCGAGAGUGACGAGCCAUCACGUGAACCACUGCACGAAGGUCUCGUAUGGUUAUGCAUACAAGAGUGGGCAGUUCGCGGAGGACGACAACGAUGUGGCCAAAACAGAGGACAGGAAAGAUCCAUUUGAGUGCUCCUUCAAGUUCGACACGUAUACGAGGGGGAGGUCUCGAAACUUCUGGAUCCACAAGGACAUCUGCCGAUUCCACGGCGACGAAACUCGCGUGGCCGCCACGCAGAACAUCACGCCGGUGUGUGUCAACGACCGCAUCGAGAUUGCCGUGAACCUCUUCAACGCCAUGGGGCUGGUGGAUGUCGACAAGGUCGGCUGGCGCCCGCUGGAGAUUUUUCCGAUGCAGGACCGGGAGUGCCCGAUCGAGCAGGAGCUCUUUGACUGGUACGAUCUAGAUUCCUUCCAGUCGCAGAGCGUGGAGAGGUUGCAAAUUCCGGAUUUUUUCAGCCCUCAGCUGAUGCACAUGUCUACAGAGUAUGCCGGGAUCGAUGUCGCCGUCAGCCGCACGCGACUGCGAGCGGAAGCACAGGGCGUGGUUCCGCAGGCAGACCGCAUCCUUGGGUCUCGCUUCGAAGUCCUGCCCAGGAGCAGCCCAAUCAUUCUCCCGCUGAAGCGAGUCGGCCUACAGCAUGAUCGCUUUACCAAGAUCCAGUUGCGUCAGGGCGACUGCAUCCUUCUGUGCGUGGGAAGUCGGCAUCUGAGGAGUAUCCUCCUCAACUUCAACGAAGAGCUCUCGGAGAGCCUGGGGCAGAGGUGCGCCGAGAAAGGACUGUGGCCACCGCAAGAUACCUCGCCCCAACUCACCACAGAGCCAUCACCCAGCAGGGCUGCAAAAGCCCUUGAAGAAGCCUACUGGAUGAUCCGACGGCAGGAGGGCGAGCCACACUGUCCACACUGGGGGGACAGAGUGCACGAGAGCAUGUCUGCGAAUGCUCACGGAGACGUCUCCGUUGCCAUGGAAAUCGGGAUGCAGUACUUCAAGAAGAAGGAAGCAGAGUAUUUCCCUCCCGAAGAAGAGCAUCUUGUUCCUGCGAUGUUUUCCUUUAUUCUUGCCUCCCUUGUGGCUUGCAUGCUGCCGAUCAUGACGGUGACCUGGUGA